GCUGAUGUUUCGGAGAACAGAGAGGAGAGAAGAAGCCGAUAAAACAGUCACAUAUUUAACGCAGUGCUUUGUCAACUCUCCUUUUGAAAGUCCCGCUAGGAUUAAGCCGGGAUUAUCAAAUUGGACACGUAUUUUGGAUUUAGAUAAAAAGCUCUUUGUCAAGAUAUCACAACUGAAUUCUGGAGUGAGAGACUGCGUUGUACAAAAAACUUGACAUUUUUGAAAAACGGCAGAAAUUUAGAACUAAUAUCUUUCCCAGUUAUAUUUAGUAUCCUUUAAUUCGCAGUUUUGUGUGCAUGUUUGUUUUUAAUUUUGUUAACGGGACAUCGGAAUUCAGCUUUAGGAAUGUAUUUCCUCGUUUUUUCGUCCGUCUGCACGGUUUUUCAAUUGUUUUCUAUGUUUUUCAGCGUCUUGCACAGGAGUGUUUGUUUUUAUUAAGCUAAAAAGAACUCCAACUUUAAUAACGCGUCUCGAGACACCUGCGUCCGGUUGCACUCGUUGCGCUGCGUUUAGUUUUUUUUUUUUUUUUUUUAGCGCGAUAAUGUUUUCUAUCUGAACGCCCCCUAUAACACUUGGAUCGGUCCGUUUCAUGCGACCAGACAUUCUCCAUCUGUCCCAUCUGCUCGACAGCACUGGAACGGUGGACAUCACAGGACAUUUACGGAUAGGGACUGGACGACAAGCCGUGAUUUGAAUGCCUUUGCAGGGACUUUGCUGGCUUGUGUGCUGCAGACACGGCUUUAGUUUGUUGGCUCGGGAUCAUGGGGAAAAAGAGGAGGAAGAGUCUUUUGAGUUACGCAAUCAGAACGAGAAGACACACACGGGACGGGGGCAACUAGAGGUCACACUGUCUCAGCCCACUCGCUCAACCAAUGGCACUCCCUGUGUGUCAGGAGUUCCUGAGGAGAAGAGAAGUCUCAUCACAGAGAAGAGCAAAAUGCCGGUGGAGGAAGAGCCUGAGGUGCUUGUAAAGGGCUGGCUCCUGCGGGAGGUGCAGGGCAACUGGCUACGUCAGAGGAGGUUCUGGUUUGUGUUGACAGCUGACUCUCUCGACUACUACAGCGGCCCGGACAGAGACGCUCGAAGACUGGGCACCCUUGUACUCACCUCCCUCUGCUCUGUGCUGUGGCCCGAUAAACAUACCUACAAACAGACAGGUUACUGGAGUCUGACGGUGUAUGGCCGUAAGCAUUGCUACCGGCUCUUUACAAAGCACUACAAUGAAGCGGUGCACUGGGCCUGUGCUGUGCAGAAAGUCAUCGACAGCAAAGCACCAGUGGAGACGCCAAGUCAGCUUCUCAUUCGAGACAUAGAGGAGAAUAAAUUCAAUCCAGAGGUUGUGGAAAACAUCUAUCAGCAUAAUCCCAUCCUACGGUACACACAGAGCCCUCUCUAUGCUCCACUGUUGCCUUUUCCCUACGGCAGUCUCCACCACACGCAUAUGGCCGGUAAAGGUUACACAUCUGUCCGUGAGGAGGCGGUGAGGCUGUUCAACUGUCUCCAGCAGUUAGAGUCAGCUCGUGAGCCCAUUCCUCUAAUCCAGGGUAUCCUGCAGACCUGCCUCGAUCUGCGGCCACUGAGAGACGAGCUCUACUGCCAGCUCAUCAAACAGACCAGUGUCACCAACUCGCGUUCACGCAGCCUGACGCACCUGCAGACACAGCCGAAUCUACAACUCAGAUACUGGCAGCUGCUCACCUGCAUGAGCUGCACCUUCCUGCCCAGCUGCAGCAUUCUCAAAUACCUGCGCUUUCACCUGAAGAGGGUUCAGAGUUUGUGUGUGGACCCGGAGGUGGAGAGCUACGCGUCAUUCAUAGCCCAAGCUCUGGAGAAGACACGCAGCCGUGAGUGUGUUCCCUCGUGGGAAGAGGUCCAGGGGCUCAUGGGGAGGCAGGAGAUACUGUGUACUGUGCACUACCCCGGACCAGGCUGCUGCCAGAUACAAAUCACCUCGCACACUACGGCUAACGAGGUUGUGAGGAAGAUGGCAGAGCGCCUCGGACUGCAGGACAGCCGAAACACGUUUGCUCUCUUUGAGCAGAAUUCAUGCUGGGAGAAAGCUGUUGGAGGCAGCACCAUAAUCGCUGACGUCAUCACCAGAUUUGAAAAUCUGUCAGCUAAAGACCCAGACUCUGAGUCUCAGUGGAGACUCUGCUUUAAGCUCUACUGUCUGCUGGACACGGAUAACAUCAGCACAGACAGCAUUGAGUACCUCUUUCUCUAUGAACAGUGUCAUGAGAUGGUGGUGCGAGGGCAGCUGCCAGCCUGUGAGGAUGACCUGCUUUCCCUGGCGGCAUUGAGACUGCAGUGCCUGCUGGGGGAUUUCAGCACCCUCUCUCCGUACCCGCCUGUGGAGCAGCUCUUCCCAGCUGAAGUGGUGGAGGCCCGGGCCCUGCUGUCCCCUGUGGAUCCCCCUGGCUGCCCUUCCUUCCCUGGGGGCCUGCUGGCCGGGACGCUGUGGGGGCACAAGCGUCGACAGGAACAGGAUCAAAGGCUGCGGGCCAGAUUGAGGGAGGAGAGCACUAUGGUGAUGUCAGCCAUUUUAGAGCGCUGGAAAGCCCUGGUGGGAUACAGUCACAGUGACAGCAUGGCCUCCUAUCUCACGAUCGCUCGCCAGUGGUCUGGGUUCGGCUGCACGCUUUAUGAAGUGGACUUCUACAUAAGUUCGACAGGAAGCUUCUCUCAGAAGUUGUGGCUGGGCGUGGCUGCUUCCUGUGUGUCUCUUUAUCGUCAGGGAGAGGCUGAAGCUCUGGAGUCUCUGCCCAUUGGUCAGAUCGUGUCCUAUGGUGUCUCUGACAGCAACACAUUCAGGAUCACCGCAGGAGAUCGGGACCUGCUCUUUGAAACCACCAAGCUGACUGAGAUCAUGCAGUUGAUGAAUGCUUACUUCAGUGCCACCAGUCGCCAGCUAGGCAAGGAUGACUGCAUCUCCAUAGAAACCAACCCAAAGCUCCACCCCUCCCUACUUGAGCUACCUUCUCACCCGGUGUAGAGAAAGAAAGACUCGCACACAUACACACACAGUGUGACUGACACACACAUGCAUUUGCAGUCCUGGCUGAUUGCUCCCCUGUGCUCUGCAAAGCGGACUAACUAAGAUGUGACUGUAAUGUGGAAAGGAUUGUCUGGUGCCAGAGGAAACCAAAGAGCCACAACAAGAGAGCGAGUUCAGGAACUCAACCUUGCUGCACCGCCUACCAAAUCCAGAGAGGACACAGGGCCCCUGCUAAAGAAAAUAGCACGAUUCAAGAGACUAAGAGGAAUUCUUGUGUCGUCUUAGUGCACUGCAGAAAAAGGAUGCCAACAUGUUGCCAUUUCACACAUACCAACACACACUUGAGCUGCUCUUUACGUUUCUUGAGCGACUUCUGCCUGGCUCGUCAUUCAACUCAUUAAUCAAACUUUAUAUGACCUUGAAACGAAAGCAGGGUCGUCACUUUUCAUUACACAGACUUUCAGAACUGUCCGUUACAGAAGCGAUGUUUGUGUGUGUGACAGUAAGAGAGAGGGAUUUGAAUAUUCUAAGCUGUAGAACAGAAACCAAAAGAUCUUUAGCUUGUCUGUAUGAUGUGAGUGUAUUUGUGAAAAUGAUUUGAGCCCGACCUGGUGCUGCUUGACUGAGCUGUUAGCUUACAAUAACUCAACACUGUGUGUCCUGUAGCCACAACAGCCUCAGAUCCUUAGAUCCGGCUUAAAAGAACUGAUUAAGACACCCUGUUGCAGUCUGGUACCUGUGAAGGUUAAUGACAUUUUCAAAAACAUGACCAUUUUGGUUCUCUCAAAGCAUCCCAGACCUCAUUUGAUGUAUUAAAACACUAAAGAUGAAAGACAAAUAAUCAACGCUAUUGAUAUGCAACAUUAUCGUCCAAUGUUCUAUAGAUAUGACAUUUCCAUAAGAGCCUAACCUGUAGCCUUUGUUGUGCUUUCAUGCUUAUGUCAGCUUUAUGACUAAUGGUUCAAGCACAGUGUCUUUCAUCUGCUGAGAGAGCAUAUUGUCUUUCUAUAAUGUGUGUGUAGUUUCUCCUAGUUUUAUUUAUGGCUGCCUGUUGUAUACAUUGUGUGGAAGUUAGUUUUUUUUUAUUGUUCUUUUUACAUUUGUUUUAUAUAUCUUUCAUAAAGACCUGUAUUUGUAUUUUAGUGCUUGCAUUGGAAAUAUUUACUAAGAGCUGAUGAUUUCAUAGUUAAAAUAUGAUGUCAUUAGGUUUCUAUACUUUUUUUGUUAUUUGAGUUUAUCUUCACCCUGUAGCGAGAGGUCUACAAAUGGCAACAUAACUAGUUAAUAAUCAGUUAAUUACUGUAUGUAGCUCCAAAAGGAUUAUUAUUUGAUGUCAUAGUAAACCAAAUGUGAAGUCAUUCGCCCUAAUCAAAGUCACGUUUAAACAUGGACCAAAUAUCUUUUAAGUUUGGGGGGUCUUCUUUCCCUCAGAUUAUGCCCCCCCCCUUGACUACCAAGCUAACACUAAUGCAAUAAAACCUGCCCAAUGAUCCUGAGCUUGAGCCCAUUUUCAGUAUGGGGCUUCAGGUUGCCUUCAGAGGAGCCAAUAGUGCCUGUCAAACACAUAGUCUGUGCAAUCUUUAACUUGUACACCAUAAUCGGGCUCAUUCUUUUCUAUAUACAUAGUUUAUUUGGUGUACUCUUUUUGCUCCAUACAGCUCUAACAAAAGGUUACCAACUACUUGAAAUGCAAAUGUGGAGGGCAGUCACAACUUUUAUGCUGUUUAUUUUGAAUUUCUUUUUUGUUCUUUACUUCAAUGUUUAAAAUGUAUGCAGUGUCUUUUGCCUCACUGGUAAACCAAACCAUGUUCUUAUUACAGCCCCUGUGAUGGCAAGUAGUGGUUGCCACAUGUUCUUGCGUUCUUUUCAUGUCACUGUGCAGCUGCAGGCAGCUCUGCCCACUGUCAUACUUGUAACAGAACUCAAAUGACAACCUCUGAUGCUUUGGACGGUUUGUACGCUUCAUGGUACCUUAUGUUACACGUGUAAUAGUCGAUCGCACUAUCGUUUGUACAGCUAACUUAAAUGUGCAAUAAUGCAAAAAGGUGCAUAAUGUAUGUAAUAAAAAGCAGUACCAUUACACAA